GCCCCAGGGCGGGGGAGCCUGGCCGGACCCUGGGCGGCCCCCAGAAGGCAUGGGCCCCAACCCGGGAGGGCCUGCCCCACACACUUAGGGGGCUCCCAGACCGGCCCCCAGGCCACCGCCUCCUCCUCCUCUUCCUCCCCGGCCCGCGGCCUCCAUGGCGGCCCUCCUCCUCCUCGGCCUCUGCUUCCUCGCCCUCCUCAGAAGGGGCCUGUGCACGGACACGGAGGAGCGCCUGGUGGAGCACCUCCUGGACCCUCUGCGCUACAACAAGCUCAUCCGCCCGGCCACCAAUGGCUCCGAGUUGGUCACCGUCCAGCUGAUGGUCUCCUUGGCCCAACUCAUCAGCGUGCACGAACGGGAACAGAUCAUGACCACCAACGUCUGGCUGACGCAGGAGUGGGAGGACUACCGCCUGACCUGGGACCCCGAGGACUUUGACGACAUGAAGAAGGUGCGCCUGCCCUCCAAGCACAUCUGGCUCCCGGACGUGGUGCUCUACAACAAUGCGGACGGGAUGUAUGAGGUGUCCUUCUACUCCAACGCGGUGGUCUCCUUUGAUGGCAGCAUCUUCUGGCUCCCACCGGCCAUCUACAAGAGCGCCUGCAAGAUCGAGGUCAAGCACUUCCCCUUCGACCAGCAGAACUGCACCAUGAAGUUCCGCUCCUGGACCUACGACCGGACGGAGAUCGACCUGGUGCUGAAGAGCGAGGUGGCCAGCCUGGACGACUUCACCCCCAGCGGCGAGUGGGACAUCAUCGCCCUCCCGGGCCGGCGCAACGAGAACCCCAACGACUCCACCUACGUGGACAUCACCUACGACUUCAUCAUCCGCCGCAAGCCACUCUUCUACACCAUCAACCUCAUCAUCCCCUGCAUCCUCAUCACCUCGCUGGCCAUCCUGGUCUUCUACCUGCCCUCCGACUGUGGAGAGAAGAUGACCCUCUGCAUCUCGGUGCUGCUGGCCCUGACCGUCUUCCUGCUGCUCAUCUCCAAGAUUGUCCCGCCCACCUCGCUGGACGUGCCGCUGGUGGGCAAGUACCUGAUGUUCACCAUGGUGCUGGUCACCUUCUCCAUCGUCACCAGCGUCUGCGUGCUCAACGUCCACCACCGCUCGCCCACCACCCACACCAUGCCGCCCUGGGUCAAGGUGGUCUUCCUGGACAAGCUGCCCACCCUGCUCUUCAUGAAGCAGCCCCGGCAGAACUGUGCUCGCCAGCGCCUGCGCCAGAAGCGCCAGGGCCAGGAGCGGGCUGCCGGGAACUUCUUCCUCCGCGACGGGGCCCGCUCCUGCACCUGCUACGUCAACCCUUCCGCCACCAAGAAGUUCGCAGGAGGAGGAGGGGGCAACAGUGGCGGAGGCUCGGCUGCAGGGAGGCCCUUCACGGAGGCUUCCGAAGGGGUCAACGGCUACCGGGAGCGGCAGGCAGCGGCGACGACGGGACAGCCACCCGGUCACUGCAGCUGUGGCCUGGAGGAGGCGGUGGAUGGAGUCCGCUUCAUUGCCGACCACAUGAAGAGUGAGGAUGACGACCAGAGCGUGAGCGAGGACUGGAAGUACGUGGCCAUGGUGAUCGACCGCCUCUUCCUCUGGAUCUUCGUCUUUGUCUGCGUCUUCGGCACCAUCGGCAUGUUCCUGCAGCCGCUCUUCCAAAACUAUGCCACCAACUCCCUCCUGCAGAUCCACCAAGGAGCGCCGGGGUCCAAAUAGCGGCGGAGCGAGAGAGAGAGCGAGAGAGCGAGAGCCACAAAACGGAUGGAGAGACAUAAAGAGAGGCGGGGGAGAGGGACCAAACAAGACCCCACAAAACCAGUCUUGGGACAGAGAGACCCGAUACCCCUUCCUUGCUACAGAGAAGGGGGGACCAACCAAUGGGUGCCAACAUGUGGAAACAAGGACCGAAUGCAUCCUUUUUUUUGGAAAGGAGAGUGGCGUUGUGCGCAAGGGGAGGCCCAUUCUCAUUGGGCAGGCCUUGGUCUGACUCUCGGCGUCUCUGCUUUUUUGGAAUGGAAACAACUAUCGGGUUGAAUGGACUCCUUUGGGUGCGAUGGUGUGGGAACACUCACCGGACGCUUUGCACCCCAACAAAUGGGGAGGAAAGGGGCUGCCUUUUGGGGAAGGGGCUCUCCCAGCUCUCCUUUCCUCCCUUCCUCCCUUCUUUCCUCCUCCAGCGAUGGGGUACCAGCUCCCAACUCAGGGAAAAACAAUCACGUAGGAUUAUAUAUCCAUAUCUAUGUAUCGACGUCCCGUCCCCCCCGUACACCUCUGCAUCCUCAAGGGAGCUGGAAGAGCGCACCGAGGCGCAUUUCGCUGUUACUCGUAACUCCGCAUAGUCUAGCCACUCGUCUCCUUUUAACUUCCCGAAUAGUACAUACGAUGCUGGCAAAUAGGGUGGGAGUAGCUAUCGAGGGAGGGAAUUCGCAGAACGGCUCGUAAAUUUUGAGAUUCCAGACUUUCCUUCGGUUCCCCCCCAAUUUUGAGCAUUGCAAUGCUCAAAAUGCAGGCCUCGUACUCAGUGGGAAGAAGUUACCUGGCCAGAAAUGGGAAAGGAAAGCACGGGAUCGUAUAUUUUGCAAAUUGUAGGUUUGCACGAUGUUGGAUAGGAAUACCUUGGGCAUUUUGGAAAUGCUGUUGGGGCUGCCGAAGCGUCCCAGGGAAAAUGCAAAGGCCAAUGUGGGAGACAGAAGGAAACAUAGUUGGGUGCAGAAUCUGUAUUUGGGGUGCGUUGUCCCCAUUUUGCCUGCUCCCCAUUGGGAAUCACGGAGCUCCUUGUUAUUGGCAAAGGAGGCUGGGAGAGGCAUUCCAUAGGGCAGCCACAGCAUCAAACAGCGACUGGACGUUCUGGCGGUCUUGGACUGCACUUCCCAGCAUUGUUUGCUGGGAACCGAAGUCCAAAACGGUUUCGAAGGCGGCGUUGGCGUUCUUGCCUUCUUGAUCCACUUUUGGCGACCCCGAUGGGACUCGACAACAAGCACCAGCGGCUUUGCGACCCAGAGACCAAAACCCCCCUCGGACUGUGCGCGUGCCUCCUUUGCCCUCGCAGCACUGCAAAACCCAAUAAAGAUAGGUCACCUAGG